AUGUAUAGUUACCCAGCGGAGUACGCUGAGUACUAUUCCAAGGAUGCCCUGUCCCCCGGCGGUCCACGGCUCUGUGACACCCUUUUCAAUGACGUCUCCCAAGUGACUUCACUUGCACAUGAAGAUGCCCAAGGCUCAGAAUCCCUACCAGUAGAAGUUCAGGACACUAAACCAGUUACGUCGAGAGUCAGGAAGGGAGGGCUCUCCCUCUUACCCAUCAUCAGCUUGGAUGUUCUUUUCGAUCUCAAACAUUACCUAUCGCAACAAAUUGUCGGAUUCCUGGAACCGCUUGACCUCCUCGAUCUAGCUCGCACCUCUAAAGCUUUUUAG